AUGAACUUCGCGCGGGACGUGCGGCGGCAGCUGGAAGGCAUUGUGGGCCCAGGAGGCCGACUGCUGGACCAGGCCGACGGCGGCGGCGACGGCGCCCGCCGCGAGCAGGCGGGCGCGGGCCCCAACGGGCGCGAUUACGCCAAGGGCGGCGGCGAGCGGGACAGGAAGCGGCGGCGCUCGGCUGAGGGCGGCGGCGCGGCGGACGGGUCCGAGCGGCCGCCGCCGCCGUCCCCCGGCUCCCUGAACCGUAGCGGCAGCCUUCGCGGAAUCGGCCCCGCCAACGGCGCCGGCCGCGGCGGCGGCGGCGGCAGUGGCGCCUCCGCGGCCCCGCCGAGCGCGGCGCGGCUGGACGCCCUGCGGCACGCGCUCACAAUCGGCUUUGCGAACCGCAUCGCGCGGCGCAUGCGCAUGCACAAUGGCUACAAGACCAUGAACGCGGCGGGCCAGCUGGCGCAGCUGCACCCGGGUAGCGGCCACCUGAAUGCGGACGACGAGGGGCUGCUGCCAGAGUGGGUGAUCUAUCACGAGCUGGUGGCCACCUCCAGGCCCUUCCUGCGGCAGGUGUGCCCGGUGGAGUACCGCUGGGUGGAGCCGCUGCUGCCAAAGCUGGGCAGCGUGGACGUGAAACGGCUCAGCAAGGGGCGCCUGCUCUCCCAACAAGAGGAGGCCGCUGCCGCCGCCGCAGCCGCCGCAGCUGCAAAGGGCGGCAGCGGCGGCGGCAGCGCGCGGGGCGCGCACGCAGCAGCGGGGGAGGGGGCGAAGGGCCGCGGGGCCGGCGCCGAGGGGGAGGCAGGGGCGCAGCCGGUGAAGCGGAACGAUGACAAGGCGGUGGACGCGGCGCGGCAGAGGUACCUGCAGCGGAAGCAGCAGCAGGCGGCGGCGCAGCCCGCGAGGAAGCGGUAG